AUGACUGAGACUACCCGGGGAAAAGCACCCGUUGAUAGCUUAUGCACAGAAAAGGUUGGUGUUGCUCAUGUAUACUACGAGGAUGAUAUCAUCUAUGAUGCAAUGCUCAACCAGACAAAUGUCCAACACAACAAUAACAAGUACUAUGUUAUCCAGUUGCUUGAAGAUGAUAAUGCCCCAAACUACUCAGUGUGGUUCCGAUGGGGACGUGUUGGUAAAAACGGACAGAAUAAAUUGGAGAAGUUUGGUGGCAAUCUUCAGGACGCCAUGGAUUGCUUUAAACAGAAGUUUUACGACAAAACUUUAAACGAUUGGGAUUGUGUUGACCAAUUUGUCAAGGUGAAUGGGAAGUAUGACAUUGUUAAGCUGGACUACGGGACAGCGUCUCAAGAGCAAAACAUAGCGCCACUGAAUGCUGAAGAAAAAAGUCAACUUGUUGUCGUGGAAUCUCUACUUCCAAAGUCGGUUCAGCUUCUCAUACAGCUCAUAUGUGACCUCAAGUCCAUGGAGGACACCAUGGUGGAACUGAAGUAUGAUGCUCGGCGUGCACCACUUGGUAAAUUGACCAAAGAUCAAGUGAAAGGUGGUUAUACUGCUUUGAAGAAAAUAGCCGACUGCAUCGCCUCUCUAAAUACCCCUGAAUCGUCAACUGCCAAUGACACUGGUGCCAAAAAGUUCAAGCGCUCAAAAACGAAUACGUCGGAGAGGAAAAAUUUAGAACACUCCUUGUUAACUGCAUGCAAUGAGUUUUAUACUCGGAUUCCACACGACUUUGGGUUAGUUCUCCCAUCCGUCCUUAAGAUAAACACCAACGUGAUUAUCAACGCCAAUGAUUUUGCGUUCGCUGUGAUAGAUAAAGCAAAUCACAUCUUUGACCUAGAACCCACUGGUCUUUAUCUGUCGUUCAAGAAACUUUUGACUUCAGUCGACAAUUGUGGUAUUACGCCAUACUUCUUGUUUAAUUGUGGAAACGAAAAGCGAUUGAACAGGAUCACCGAACAAAACCCUACAUCUUCCCACAAGACGGUCUUGGACCCAGUUAAACCAUGUGGCUAUCACUUACCGAUGAAGAGCUUCAGUAAAAGAUUGUCGUUCAUUCUGGUGCCGCUUAACUCUGACCAUGCUAUUUUGAGGGCUCGGCUAUCACUUCGCUUUUCGUCAACAUCACGCGUGCCAGUGGAGCGCAACUCCGUUCAACUUCGACUGGUUGAGAAUGAUCGGGCUAGAAAGCUACUAGAAACGCACAGCCGAACAGAUGACGAAUAUUGCCCGGAGGUUGAAUGGAGGCGAGUUAAAAAAGCUAUACUCUCGGCUUUCAGAACUCUUUGUACAAGCCAUCUGAUUCAAUUAAAUGAACAGUGGAUAUCGUUGAGGUCAACAGAUCUUAGCGCUGACAGAAAGGCCUUACCAGCAACUGUGAUGGCGCACGCAAAUCCCUCAAACACCGGUAGCUUUGAGAAUGACAACGCUGGUGGAUUUCCGAAAACCAGGAGAUGGAGAAGGCCUUCGCUGCAGACAACAGCCGCACCCUAUUUAAACCGAUUCACGGAACCGACCAAAAGAAAUCAGUUGUCAGUAAAAUACUAUGCGAAAAAGACGGAAUGGCACCUCACUACCUCAUUCAUCGCUUUGAGCUGUGGGCGGAGCACUUCGAACAACAGUUCAGUUGGUCUCCUUCAACACAGCCGCUGGAAGAACCCAGCGUGUCUGAAUAGAACAUUGGAACCAAGUCUCCAUCGGCAACCGGAAUCUAAUCAAUCACUCCUGAAACACGAUAAUGCACCUGACCCGGAUGGUCUGCACCCUGCACUCUACAAAGAGGACGUAAGAAAGAUGUCAGUGUUUGACCGUGGGUGUCUCCGAAGCAUUGGUCAGGCUUGGUGGGAAAAUCGGAUUAGCAAUGCCUCUGUACACCAGAUGUCCUUAGGAAGAAGGAACUCCCCCAUGAUAGAUAAGUUACUCACGCUUCAUAGGUUUCGCUGGUUACGACAUGUACUCCGCAUGCCAGAAUACCGUCUGCCUCACGGAGCUCUUUUCGCCCAGCCCUUUACUGAACGGCAGCGACCGGGAGGUAGACAGUGCAUGACCCGGCAACUAAGUAUGAAACACUGGCCAGUGAACUUAGUCGGUCCAACGACUGUCGUGACCCUCGGUUGGAACUCCGAGACUCAACUCACUGGUGGUUAA